GAUGGUCUCUCUGUCUCUCUCCUCGUGUUAUAGGGUCAUGUGAUUGAUAUCCUCUCUGCUAUUGGUCAGAUCCCUAUCUCGAUGCUAUUUUGGUGUUUCCAUAUAUCCUCUCUGCUAUUGGUCAGAUCCCUAUCUCGAUGCUAUUUUGGUGUUUCCAUAUAUCCUCUCUGCUAUUGGUCAGAUCCCUAUCUCGAUGCUGUUUUGGUGUUUCCAUAUAUCCUCUCUGCUAUUGGUCAGAUCCCUAUCUCGAUGCUGUUUUGGUGUUUCCAUAUAUCCUCUCUGCUAUUGGUCAGAUCCCUAUCUCGAUGCUGUUUUGGUGUUUCCAUAUAUCCUCUCUGCUAUUGGUCAGAUCCCUAUCUCGAUGCUAUUUCCAUAUAUCCUCUCUGCUAUUGGUCAGAUCCCUAUCUCGAUGCUGUUUUGGUGUUUCCAUAUAUCCUCUCUGCUAUUGGUCAGAUCCCUAUCUCGAUGCUGUUUUGGUGUUUCCAUAUAUCCUCUCUGCUAUUGGUCAGAUCCCUAUCUCGAUGCUGUUUUGGUGUUUCCAUAUAUCCUCUCUGCUAUUGGUCAGAUCCCUAUCUCGAUGCUAUUUCCAUAUAUCCUCUCUGCUAUUGGUCAGAUCCCUAUCUCGAUGCUGUUUUGGUGUUUCCAUAUAUCCUCUCUGCUAUUGGUCAGAUCCCUAUCUCGAUGCUAUUUCCAAAAAUCCUUUCUGCUAUUGGUCAGAUCCCUAUCUCGAUGCUAUUUCCAUAUAUCCUCUCUGCUAUUGGUCAGAUCCCUAUCUCGAUGCUGUUUUGGUGUUUCCAUAUAUCCUCUCUGCUAUUGGUCAGAUCCCUAUCUCGAUGCUAUUUCCAUAUAUCCUCUCUGCUAUUGGUCAGAUCCCUAUCUCGAUGCUAUUUUGGUGUUUCCAUAUAUCCUCUCUGCUAUUGGUCAGAUCCCUAUCUCGAUGCUGUUUUGGUGUUUCCAUAUAUCCUCUCUGCUAUUGGUCAGAUCCCUAUCUCGAUGCUAUUUUGGUGUUUCCAUAUAUCCUCUCUGCUAUUGGUCAGAUCCCUAUCUCGAUGCUGUUUUGGUGUUUCCAUAUAUCCUCUCUGCUAUUGGUCAGAUCCCUAUCUCGAUGCUGUUUUGGUGUUUCCAUAUAUCCUCUCUGCUAUUGGUCAGAUCCCUAUCUCGAUGCUGUUUUGGUGUUUCCAUAUAUCCUCUCUGCUAUUGGUCAGAUCCCUAUCUCGAUGCUGUUUUGGUGUUUCCAUAUAUCCUCUCUGCUAUUGGUCAGAUCCCUAUCUCGAUGCUGUUUUGGUGUUUCCAUAUAUCCUCUCUGCUAUUGGUCAGAUCCCUAUCUCGAUGCUGUUUUGGUGAUUCCAUAUAUCCUCUCUGCUAUUGGUCAGAACCCUCUCUCGGUGCUGUUUUGGUGUUUCAAUAAGAUGUAUUCCGUGUGAGAAAUUGCCAAGAAACUGAAGAUCUGUGUGAACAUUUAAUUACCUUUGUAGACGCAACCAAUCUGAGGUUUGGUUGCGUCUACAAAUCUGUCGUUCUGAACAGGCAGUUAACCCACUGUUCCUAGACCGUCAUUGAAAAUAAGAAUUUGUUCUUAACUGACGUGCC